AUGCCAGACUUUCACUCGAACCCACAGGGCUCUCGCCCCGACCACGCCGCCCGCAAUAAUGGCCCCGACAACCUAGCUCUAGAGCGGUUCAAAAUCCGCGAAUUGGCCGAAGGAUGGCCAUGUUACAGGGACCACUUCGAGUGGGAAAACUUCCGCUCCAUCUUCCACCCGGGCGCCUUCGUGUACACGACCUGGACGGGCCGCACAGCCCUCGAAGACUUCAUCAAGCUCUCGCAGGACGGAAUGGACGAGGGCAGCCACAUCAUGCACCGCGUGCACGGCACCACCGUCGACAUCGCGGGCGCCCGCGCCAUCGCCAAAAUGAAGGCUACCAUAACCCAACGCUUCGUCAUCGACGGCUGCGAGGUCGAUGCUGAGGCCGACUGCCGCUUCUGCAUGUUCUUCGAGAAGCGCGCCGACCACUGGGGUGCAUGUUUCGUGCGCCACUUUUACGAGAAGGACAAGUUGAUCCCCGUCGACCCGCGCAAGGUGCCCGCUCUGGACGAUGCCGUUUUGCAGUCCCUGCCCGAGGGUUAUCGGUUCCUAUCGUAUUGUCAGAUGCAGACUAUCCCGGGGUUCAAGCCCCUUCCCAUGCCUGGGUAUCGCGGGCCAGAGCAUGAUAGGCUGUAUUGGCAGGCCAAACAGUGGCUCGACGGGGAAAAUAUCCAUGUGUAA